AUGCAAGGUUCAGUAUCAUUAAUGUCACCACGAUUGGAAUGCAUAUAUUUGUAUGAAAUCGCUGUGGAGGAAAAUGCGGUUACAAAAGUCUCUGAAUUUAUCAAGCGUCAACUCGAGACUACUGUUAAAACAUUUGAGUGGGGAUCUAAAGGCUCAUUUCAGGCUCAGGAUUCUACAGAAGUAGUCUCGCAUACUAUAAUGGAUGUCACUUCGUCUCCACUUACGACCUUGAGUAUCUCAAGACAGUCGCCAUCAAGGCACUUAGAUUGGUCAUCAUUUGAGCAUUUGAAGAGCUUGACAAUAAUGGAUUUGGAUGAUGACUCACUGCAAAUUGUUUGGCUGUUUCCUUUAAGGUUGGAGAAAUUAGUAAUAUGUAUGUGCAGGCUUACAGACUUCACCUCCAUUGAAGGUGUAUUGCCCUUGGGAUUAAAGAGACUAGAAAUUGGAAAUAUUGAAUGGAGAGUUAAUCUGCCUGUUGUUGACCUUUUACGACUUGAAAGUUUGACAUACCUCGAAUUGUUGAGUAUGACGACAGGUGAAAAUAUCGAGCAGUUUGUGUUUCCUGAUUCUGUGGAGAUUCUACACCUAACAGAAAAUCCAGCUUUUUCAUUUGAUCAGUUAUUGUUUCCCAAGUUUUUACAUUCAUUGAAUAUAUCAUCUUCCAUGUUGACUUCAGUUGAUAACGUGUCGUUCCCGGAAAGUUUGCUCUUACUAGAUAUAGCGUGUAACAAGUUGAGAUCAGUCAUUAAGGUGAAAUUUCCCCAAAAGUUGGAAAAACUUGAUUUAGAGUAUAACGAAUUGAAACAUUUUUGCAAAAUUAAACUUUCACAAACUAUCAAAGUAAUUAACUUGCGUGGAAACAAAUUGGAAAAAGUUGAUCUUUCGACAAAUGAUAAGGGGGAACCUUUACAUCUAGAAAAAUUGAAACUACAAUAUAACUCUACAUUAACAGUGGACAACCUAAGACUUCCAUCUAUUGUGAAAUGUUUGAGGCUCAGCGGUUGUGGUUUGGAAAACCUCAAUGGUUUUCAAUUUCCCGCUACAAUCGAAGAAUUGGAUCUUUCCGAAAAUCAUCUUAAACAAUUUAACAUCACUUUUCCAAAGGAUUCAUGUUUAAAAAUAUGUGAUUUGAGACAAAAUGAGUUGGUUCUUGUGGAUGUAGAUCUUCCACCUUCAGUGAGUGUACUUAAUCUUUAUGAUAAUCGACUUGAACAAAUUCCACCCUGUGUUGGCGGUCUUCCAAAUUUGGAAAACUUGAAUCUAUCGUCAAACAUGUUGCGCGAAGCUAGUUGCAAAUUCGAAUCUAAAAAGUUAGAGUACUUGAACUUGGAAUGUAAUGAAAUCGAAGCACUUUGUCUUGUGUUUCAUCGAGUGAUUUACUAUGGUGUGCCAGCAAUCAAUUUGCAAGAUAAUCAGGAAGGUGUAUUGGGAAAGAUUUAUUUGCAGAGUGUGGAUGAGAUGAUAACCUUGUAUACAAGAGGGAUGAUUGACCUGACUGCGAUUCACAACCCAGUGACUUUUACCGUGGAGCAACUUCUACGAAACUUGCCUGAAAAGAGGGGCAUUUUUGUAAAGUGA